AGUUUGCUACCUGUGUGAAUGGAGAGAUUCGACAGUGGAAGUUUAGCUAAGGUUGAAAGGCGAGCUUUCAUUUUUAUUUUUUAUUUCCUCUGAGGAAUUAUCGAAACACCGUGACGAAAGGACGUUUCUUUUUUAAAAAAUGACCGCUGACAUCAAAUGAGCAAAAAGCUUCAUUUCCAUAAACGGAUGGAUAAAAUUUUUUUGCCUGACUCGAAGGAUUUAGCAGGCUAUCGGCUAACCUGGCUAACUCCAUAGAAUCCAAUACAAUGAUCAGCCAGAAAGCUGCUUAGCUGAGCUAGCCAGCUAGCCGAGGUAAUAGCAGGCACGUUCACUGGGCUAGCACAUGAAAAACUGCUCCUGAUAAAAAAAAAACAUGUUUAUUUAUUUUAAUCUGGAGACUUUUAAUGUCCUCGCCGGAUGACUUUAGACCUGUCGAGGUGCGCGUGUAAUAAUAAAUACCCCGUUGAUGAGAGAAAGUGGCUAGCUAGCACGGCUACAUGAAUACUGUGGCUAGCUAGCUCUUGUUUGCGUUAACCGUCUCUGGCUGGCUCGAUAACAUCAGUCCUGACCUGGAUAAUGAAAUGAAAUGAAAUGAAUAAUGUGCACUUAAAAUUUCCAGACACGUUCAGCCUAGUUUCUAGUGAGCUAGAACCUAGAUUUGGUAGAAUGAGGUGAUGAACAAAACCCUAGCUGAAUGUUAUUCCGGCCUAGACCUGUGUGCCUCAAUAAAAUGAGAUAUAUAAAGCUAGAAAUAAAUCAUGUUCAGUAGGUUUUUAGCAUCACUGCGUGUUUAAUGGUGCAUAUCUUUUAACCAUACAGGUUCCUUGCUUUAUUCUGACAGCUGAAGAUCUCAGGAUUGGGAAGAAGUUUGUAUCUCGAGUCACAGUGGUCUUAAACACCCCCUGAGAUUUCUCCUCUUUUAUAUUUCUGGAAAAUUUCUAAAUGAUCACCAUGUCAAGCAGAGAAGCAUGUGACCCAGGAGUCUGUCCGUCAGCAUCGGUCGACAAGGAUCGUCUGGGAAACCUCCUUUGACACGUUGAUGAACGUCCAGCAGUGGAAAUGUUAAAGCAGAGACUUUAAGGAAGAAGGGAUUCGAGCUUCGAGGAGGAGGAGGAGGAGGAGGAGGAGGCGGCGGCAGUGCUGAAAAGAUGGGCUCUCAAGCACUACAGAUUUUGCGCCAGGGGGUGUGGGCUUCGCUGACCGGAGGCUGGUAUGUGGACCCCCAUCAGAGCACCUUCUCCAACUGCUUCCAUCUCUACCUCUGGAUAUUCCUUCUGGCCUUCCCUUUUCUUCUGUACAUGGCUCUGCCACCCACUGUUGUAGUAGCUGGGGUGUACUGCGCUGUGGUGGCUGUCUUCUUCACUGCUAUAAAGGUGGUGAACUUUCGCCUGCACGCAAUGUUUGACCUGGGAGAAAUUGUGGAGAAGAGGCAGGCCUCGCUGACCACAGACCCUCAGAGAGUGGAGGAAGGUGACGAGGGCUCAGGAGCUCAUGAUAGCACCCAACACAGGGGCAGUGGUGUUGGUGUGGAGAUGACAGUGUUCAGAAAGGUGAACUCAACCCCUCCAGUGCGCUGCAGCUCCCAGCAUUCUUUGUUUGGACUGAACCAAGUGUCGGAAUUUUUGCCACAACUUGAGGACCCUGGAGGUUCUAAGGACCUCAAAGAGCUGAUGCAAGAGCAGGACGGUGACUGUCUGGCCUCAACACGCAGAGAGGUUCUUCGGCACAACUCGCAGGAUGCAAUCAGAGUCAGUGGUGUAGUUCAGUCCUGCCUUGCUGCGGCCAUUGCUGGGGAUUUUCCCAGUCUUGUGGGAGUGGGUGGAGUGAGGUCAGCAGGCUUUGGGAGUCUGCCCUUGCCUGACUGUCCUUCUAUUCCCCCCUCACCAUCCAGCCAGGAGGAUGGAGAAGAGAAGGAGCCAUCGCUGGCCUGCAGCAGUGUGCUGGAUCAACAGGCUCUGAGAAGGCCAGAGGAGCCUCCUAUGAGUGGCUAUUCCCCACUUGGCCCUUCAGCUGAGUCUGAAAGCUUGGGUGAUGCCCCUCUCAGCCCUCUCAUCAAGAGCAGCUUGAGCGAAGAACUGAGUGAGAACUUGCUGGGCCUUGGUCUUGACCCAAUGACCUUUGGACCUGGAGUAGAGCAGCCAUGCCGGCACGGUGGUGUGGCACUAACGGCCGGUUCAACAGACAGUUGUGUGGCCACGGAUCGAGAGACUUUAAGCACAGUUAGCAGCUAUCGUAGUGAGAAAACAGACUCUACACAGCUUGAAAGCCCAUCGCUGGGGCAACAGCACCAGUCGGUCCCUACGCCUUCCUCUGCAGUUCUAGUUCAGGGUUCUUGCCAGCAGCCAGAGGACCCUGCAUUCCUGGGAGGCAGCGACACAGAUGAUUUCUCAGAUAGUGAAUUGCUACGAUCUCCCUCCAAAGAGCUGCACCCUGGACAGGGCUUGGAUCGAACUCUGGUGGAGGGUGAGGAUGCACCGGCACAGCUCCCAUCUCUGCACGAUUCUUCUCCUUCUAGCAGUAGUGGCCCCUCUGAGGCUUGUGAUCAGGCUCGGGCCAUACCCAUGCCCCCUGUGCCCCCUCCACGGCAGGCAGGCUCUGUGCCCUCAGGUCUGGUGUACUCUGAACCUGCCCUGGCUGUCACCUCUGCACCCUACCUGCUGGUUGAACCACCUUCCCUACAGGUUCAGCAGCAGCAGGUGGUGCGGCCCAAAGACUUGAAACUUCUGCGCGCUGGAGGUAGUGUGGCCCAGCGGCCUGGACGCAGGAAAGCACCGCGUAAACGUGGCGCUGCUGGCAGCAGCAGUUUUGACUGUGGCUCGUAUCGACGCCGUCAUCAUAGACGCAGCCAACGCAGAGACUAUGUGCCUGUGCGCAGCAGGCUAGGCGCCAAAGCUUACAGCGAAAGCCUGUUUGAGGAUUCCAGUGAUGAGGACGAUGGCAGUGAUGCUAGCGCUGCCUCCAGUUUGGGCUCACAGCGGCGCUUCAGUUCAGACGACGAGGAUGAGGAUGACUCGAGUUCGUCUACCUCCUGCUAUUCCCCGGAUCCUGGAAUUGCCUCUCAACCUGUCCCUGUCCCCCAGCUGCCUUGCCCCAAUGAGGGAAAAGACCCAUCUGCAGUAGGCCCCUCACAUACUCGCAGUGCACAGCGCUCAGCCAGCACGGCUAGUGCCAAGACUCAUGCCAGAGUGCUUAGCAUGGAUGGUGCUGGUGGAGGCCACACCAGCGCAGGAACCUUGGCCUCCACCAUUUUGCCAUUAGCAGCUGCUUCCACUCCUGCUCCACGACCCCUUACCAUGUCAAAGUCUGACCUGGAGGCUCGCACUGGACACUCGGAGGUUUUUCCCAGGGCUCACAGACUUGACUCCCUGGGAGGCUCGUGGGCUGGAAACCAGACAGGAUGGAGGGCAGGAGAGCUGCUGGAAGAAGGUGCUGUGGGAGGAGCUUUGGCCUCUGAGGAAGUAAAUAAACGGGACUCUGUAAGCAGUGUAAAGAGGACGCAGGCCAUCCGCAGAAGACAUAAUGCAGGCAGUAACCCCACUCCACCCCCUUCCACCAUGGGCUCCCCACCCAGCCUUCAAGACCUUCAACGAGCCCGCGCGUCGUCCCAUUCCCGCGCACGUGCCCUCCCUACAGCCCUACAGUUCGCCUCCUCGCUGCUGCUCCCUCGAAGUGGAGUGCAUGAAGCGUCUACGUUUGAUGAUACCUCUGAGGGAGCCGUGCACUACUUUUACGAUGAGAGUGGUAUAAAAAGAUCAUACACAUUUGGACCUGCCGGAGGAGGCUAUGAGGACCCAGUGCAGGAGCGUGAGAGACAGUCGCAGUCCUCCAGCUUUACCUCCACUGAUGUACAGGACGUGGCUCCAGCAUUGUCCUUGCUGCAGCCUAGACCUGUGGUUCUCCAGGGCAUGCAGGUGCGCAGGGUGCCUUUGGAGAUGCCUGAGUUCGACCUAGAUCAUGAGUCCCUGCAGGAAUCUCAGGAAAACACGCUGAUGAUCGAGGAGAAAGCCAAGCCAAAACAGUACUACAAGUUCUGGGUGCUGCCGGGGAAGUGGCUUAGAGUGCGCUAUGACCGGCUGGCCCUUCUGGCCUUACUGGAUAGGAAUCGGAGGGUUGGAGAGAAUGUGUUUGCGGUGGUGUUGGCCAGCCUGGUGGCCUUUCUUGGCUUCUUACUGCUGCUGCACGGCUUCUUCCGGGACAUUUGGGUCUUCCUGUUCUGCCUCGUCAUCGCCAGCUGCCAGUACUCCUUAUUGAAGAGCGUGCAGCCUGACGCAGCCUCCCCAAUGCAUGGUCAUAACUGGAUCAUCGUGUACAGCCGGCCGGUGUAUUUCUGCUUGUGCUGUAUGCUGAUUUGGGUCUUUGACUUUGCCGGCCAUUUCAGCAACCUGCAGCCUUUCUCCCUAUAUGGAGUCACCUUCUUCUCUGCCCAAUUCCUGCUGUGUGCCAGAGACAUGCUCAUAGUUUUCACCCUGUGUUUUCCAGUCAUCUUCCUCUUCGGACUUCUACCUCAGGUCAACACUUUUCUCAUGUGUUUGCUGGAGCAGAUUGACAUGCACAUGUUUGGUGGAACUGCCACUACAAGCCCCCUGUCCUCACUCUUCAGUCUGAUACGCAGUGUGUUAGUAGCAGCUCUGGUUUAUGGCUUUUGCCUCGGCGCUAUCAAUGCCCCAUGGGGAGAGGCUCAUGUUCCAGUGCUCUUCUCGGUAUUCUGUGGCCUCCUACUUGCCUUAUCAUACCACUUAAGCAGGCAAAGCAGCGAUCCCACUGUCCUGUGGUCUUUGGUACGUUCCAAAUUCUUUCCAGAGCUGGAAAGCAGGACUCCUGAGGAGCCUCCUUUGGAGAUCAAGGACCCGCUGCCAGAGAAACUGCGCAACUCUGUGAGGGAGAUUUUACACUCUGACCUGGUAAUGUGUCCUCUCAUGGCCAUUAUCAGCUUUGCAAUCAGUGCCAGUACGGUCUUCAUUGCUCUGCAGCCUGCUCUUAGUUUCGUUCUUUAUAUUCUGGCCGGGGUGGUGGGCUUUCUUACUCACUACUUACUGCCUCAGUUUCGCAAGCAGCUUCCCUGGUUCUGCCUGGCCCACCCAGUGCUACGUUCUCGCGAGUACAGCCAGUUCGAGGUUCGGGAUGCAGCUCAGCUCAUGUGGUUUGAGAAAUUCUAUGCCUGGCUCCAGUGUGUAGAGAAGUACUUUAUCUACCCUGCUGUGGUGCUGAACUCCCUGACCACAGAGGCUCACACCAUCAGCCAGAACCCUGACAAACCUGGCACUUAUGGUCGAGCUCUGUUCAUCUCCAUGGCUGGAAUGAAGCUGCUUCGCUCGUCCUUCUGCACACCCUCUCAACAAUACGUUACUCUCUGCUUCACCGUCCUCUUCUUCCAGUUCGACUAUCCGCGCUUCUCCGAAACCUUCCUACUUGAUUACUACUUCAUGUCCAUCCUCUUUAGCAAGCUGUGGGACCUACUGUAUAAGCUGCGCUUUGUGCUGACCUACAUCGCUCCGUGGCAGAUUACUUGGGGCUCUGCGUUUCAUGCCUUCGCCCAGCCGUUUGCCGUGCCCCACUCGGCCAUGUUGUUUGUGCAGGCUCUGUUCUCUGCCCUUUUCUCCACUCCACUCAACCCGGUGCUGGGCAGUGCCGUCUUCGUCACCUCCUACACCCGCCCUGUCAAAUUCUGGGAGCGGGACUAUAACACAAAAAGGGUGGAUCACUCCAAUACACGUCUGGCCACUCAGCUUGACCGUAACCCUGGUGCUGAUGACAACAACUUAAACUCUAUCUUUUAUGAGCACCUGACCCGCUCACUGCAGCAUUCUCUGUGUGGAGACUUGCUACUGGGCCGCUGGGGCACCUACAGCACGGGCGACUGCUUUAUCCUGGCAUCGGACUACCUCAAUGCCCUCGUGCACCUCAUUGAAAUCGGCAAUGGUCUCGUGACCUUCCAGCUCAGAGGCCUGGAGUUCAGAGGUACUUAUUGUCAGCAGCGAGAAGUGGAGGCCAUCACUGAGGGGGUGGAGGAGGAUGAGGGCUGCUGCUGCUGUGAGCCAGGCCACCUGCCUCACAUGCUGUCCUUCAACGCAGCCUUUGGCCAGCGCUGGCUCGCUUGGGAGGUUGCUGCUACCAAGUAUGUCCUGGAAGGCUACAGCAUCAGCGACAACAACGCUGCCUCUAUGCUGCAAGUGUUUGACCUGCGCAAGAUUCUUAUCACCUACUAUGUCAAGAGUAUCAUCUACUAUGUGAGUCGCUCACCCAAACUGGAGGAGUGGCUGUCCAAUGAGACGGUGCAGGAGGCAUUAAAACCAUGUCUCAGUGCUUCCUAUGUCGACAGUGACCCCACCUUCAACCUAAACAUUGAUGAAGACUAUGACCACCGAGCCUCUGGUAUCACCCCAGCUGCCUUCUGUAUGAUCUAUCUGGAUUGGAUCCAGUACUGCAACAGCCGCAGACAGAAGCCUGUGGACAGUGAAAGAGAAUCCCCUCUGGUCAUGCUCUGUUUUGGGCUUUGCAUUCUGGGCCGCCGGGCUCUUGGCACAGCGUCCCACAGCAUGUCUGCAAGCCUGGAGCCAUUCCUCUAUGGCCUCCAUGCUCUGUUCAAAGGCGAUUUCCGGAUCACAUCACCAAGGGAUGAGUGGGUGUUUGCAGACAUGGACCUUCUGAACCGAGUGGUGGCGCCUGGUGUGCGCAUGUCCCUCAAACUGCACCAGGACCACUUUACUUCUCCGGAUGAGUAUGAGGAUCCAGCUGUGCUGUAUGAUGCCAUCACUGCUAAUGAAGAAAAGAUGCUGAUCUCUCAUGAAGGAGACCCGGUUUGGCGCAGUGCCAUUCUGGCCAACAUGCCCUCUCUCUUGGCCCUGCGUCAUGUCAUGGAUGAUGGCAGUGACGAGUACAAGAUCAUCAUGCUGAACAAGCGCUUCCUCAGCUUCCGAGUCAUAAAGGUAAACAGAGAGUGUGUGCGUGGACUCUGGGCCGGGCAGCAGCAGGAGCUGGUCUUCCUGCGGAACCGAAACCCUGAGCGCGGCAGCAUCCAGAAUGCCAAGCAAGCGCUGCGCAACAUGAUCAACUCAUCGUGCGAUCAGCCUAUCGGAUACCCCAUCUACGUCUCCCCUCUUACCACCUCAUACGCUGGAGGUCACAGCCAGCUCCGGUCUGUCUGGGGAGGGCCUAUAAGCCCUCACAACAUCUACACGUGGUUCAUCAGCAGCUGGGACAGGUUGCAGAAAGGCUGUGGUGCAGGCUGCAACAGUGGAGGGAAUAUAGAAGACUCGGACUGCGGUGGUGGAUCUUCCUCCAUCAGUAACAAUCCUCCCCAGAGCACAGCGCCCACUGUUUCUCAGUCCCAGCUUCCCACUGUGCAGCCAUCCAUGGGAACUGACAAUCCCGUUGGACCGAGCUGGCCUGUCCAUUCUCAGCCCCUUCCCUUGACCCUGCUUAGCCAAUCCGAGGGCCGGAUGGAUGCAGGCUUGGUAAACUCUCUCCAGCGCACUUCCUCCAUCCAGGGCCUGCUGGGUCAGCACCUGUCCAGCUCACAGCUGUCUUUCAGUGCAUCUGUGGCUGUGCCACCCACUGAGCGUUUCUGUCCAGGCAGCCUGCAGGACAGUGCCAGCCACAGAGCCUCUCAGAGGGGCAUCAGCAUGGGGCUUGGCCAUGGAAGCGGCCUGCACUAUGACGCCAUCUAUAGCAAGUGGAGUUUGUCAGGCAGGAAAGGCUUUAAUGGGCCAGCAGCAGUGGAAGGGGAUGGAGGGUUGUCUCAUUGCAUCCGCACACAGGCUUUCCAGCCUGUCCCACCUGUCCCUCCCACUGAGGUCAGCCCAACACUGGAUGCAGUGGGUAUUUCUGUGCCCACAGAGACCACACCCCUUACAUCAGAUCCUCCCAGUUUACGGGAGGAGGCUACCGAACUGCCUUUACUUGAGCACCUGCGCUGAGCCUCUACUACACAGACUAACCUGCACAAAUAGGCCUAGACCAAGUGAAACUGGGAUCCGGAGCUGGUCUCCUGGUGAAACCACGCUCAUUCCAGCUGAUGAAGCGAGCUGGAAGCUUUCUGUUACUUGAGGUCAAGAUUUAACCCUCAAACGCUUUUUUUGCGCUUUGUGCUUUUGCAGUGAUUGAUAUUUAAAGCAUUUUUUUUUGCUUAUUCUGUAUGGGAGCACACUAGGAAAGGGUUCUGCACAGCAAAAUAGCUUUCAGGUCACACCCCUGUAAGGCCGAGCUAUAAAACAUGGUGUGAACUUCUGCUCACUAUAUAUAUAUAAAAAAAAUUGUUCUGAUCACUAUUUUGGCUUAAUGGGUCAGAAGCCAAAAAAAUGCCAAGCCAGGACAGUCUAAAGUAAUAUUUCACCAUGUAAUGGUGGGGGUGUGAAGAUUCUUAGAAACUGGAUAUGAAUCCUUUGCUUCAGCAAAAAGGGAAGUCUUAUCUGUACUAAAGCCCACAGGCUGAAGGCUCUCUUUCCCUGCAUCCACCAUUCAGCCAUCUGGGCUACUGAGCACCAAAAGAGUCAGCAUUUUCUUCAUCUACAUAAGAAACAGAAGAAGCAUCAAUCCUGUUCUACACACAUGGAUCUUGCUAAACACCACCCCACUGUUCCUGUUCCCAGAGUUCGUGUAAAGCACUCUGGAGAAAUUACUUAAAGCAAUUAUUAACGAAGCGUAAUACUUUAAUUUCCGGUGCCCACAGAUGGGUCUGUCUUGGUCAACAUUUGAUAACCAGUGACGGCCAGUUUCAGGGAAAAGAUACAUCAGUAGGUCUGUGGACAUAAUUAAGCUCAGACUAUUCCCCUGACUUUUGGUGCUCUUCCCUGCAUAGUUUACAGUCCACUUAAGGAAAGGACAAAAUGGAGAACCCUGAACAUGACCAGGGUACAAACCUGAAGCAAAGGCAUCAACCAUUACCAUCAUCAGAAUGAUCCUUCAAAUCUUUAUUUUUUAUAUAUAUAUAUAUAUA